UUCAGCCUCCAGCCAGCACAAAGAUGGAGAAUGGAAUGAAUCUGUCUCCACCUCAAAGAAUGGGCUUGUCCUCUCUGACUUCUGAAUGUCCUGGACUGAAUCCUGGUUGAGGGUCCUAGCUUAUAUAUGCUCUCUUAAAGAUAUGGCUCAGAAAAAUGAUUCUUCAUUUUCUGAUGUUGUCAAAGAAGCUGCAGAGCAACAGCAAUCCCAAACAUCUGAAAUAGAGAAAAACAAAAAAAUUCUGUUCCAGUUGCAGAAUGAAAUCCGUGAGUUUGAGAAACAAAUAGGAUCUGUCAUAGCAGAGACCAAAGAGACAGAAAAGCACAUUUGUCAGCAAGAAAGUGAAAUAGAAAAAACCAAGCUUCAUUGUGGAAGCCUAAAGACUCAAAUCAAAUCCUUACAUGCAGAAAAUGUAAAGCUCAAAUUUUCCAUAGAAACUGCACAAGAAGAGUUUGAAGAAUACCUUCUAAGAAAUAAAUCAUAUGAUGAGAAAAUAAGAAUAUAUAAAGAAGAUAUUGCUAAAGCAGAAAAUAAAUGGCCAUUUGUGAUUGAACUCCAUCAGAAAAAAGAACAAGUUAAAAAAUUAAUAGCAAAGAAAAAGGAACUGAUUUGUGAUCUCCAGAAUCCAGAAGGAAACAUAAAAGAAGCACAGGAAGAAAUUAAGAUUUUAAAAGAUAAAAUUGUAACUGUAGCAGCAUCUAUCUCCACAAAAAGUAAUUUGCUUGAGGAAGAGAAAAAAGUACAUGAAAAACUGAUAAAAGAAAUAGAGGUACAAAAUAAAAGGUAUGAUGCUAUUUUAAAGCGCUUACACUGUCAAGUGAACAAGCUUCAGGCAAAAAGAAGACAAUGGCAGUGGAAUAUUCAACAGAUGGAAAAAAGAGUGGAAGAACUAAGGAGAUGCAUAGGAAUGAAAGAAUAAAACAGGGCUCUGGCAAAAUCGAGAAUACAGGUGGCAGUGUACACCAUCCUUGGCUUACAGCAAAAUAAUUUGGGAAAGAAACUUUUGGAUCUGGGGUUUAUCAUCUCUUAACUAGUCUUAACCACUGAAUGGGUGUUGCUUCAGUUAAACUGAGACCUGGGUAAGAUCUUAGCUUAAAAAGGCCAAGGUCUCGUACUGC